UGAUUUGAGCAAUAACCACUUGCAUGGUACAAUCCCAAGUUCUAUUUUCAAACAAGAGAACUUGACAGCCCUUAUUCUUGCGUCCAAUAGUAAAUUGACAGGUGAGAUUUCUUCUUCUAUUUGCAAGCUGAGAUUCCUUCGGCUCCUGGACUUGUCCAACAACAGCUUGAGUGGUUCUACGCCACUAUGUUUGGGGAACUUCAGCAACAUGCUCUCCGUAUUGCAUCUAGGCAUGAACAAUCUUCAAGGCACCAUCCCUUCAAUAUUUUCAAAGAAUAAUAGCUUGGAAUAUCUCAACCUCAAUGGAAAUGAAUUAGAAGGGAAAAUACCACCGUCUAUCAUCAGCUGCACAUUGUUGGAAGUUCUUGAUCUUGGCAACAAUAAGAUUGAGGAUACAUUUCCCUACUUUCUAGAAACGCUUCCAAAGCUCCAAAUUCUUGUCCUAAAAUCCAAUAAACUCCAAGGUUUUGUGAAAGGUCCGACUACAUAUAAUUCCUUCUCUAAAUUACAGAUUUUUGAUAUCUCUGACAAUAAUUUUAGUGAGUCGUUGCCAACAGGUUAUUUUAAUAGUCUUGAAGCAAUGAUGACCUUGGAUCAAAACAUGAUUUACAUGGGGGCAAUAAAUUACUCUAGUUAUGUGUAUUCCAUAGAAAUGAUAUGGAAAGGUGUAAAAACGAAGUUUAUGAAGAUCCAAAGUACCAUCAGAGUACUCGAUUUGUCAAAUAACAAUUUCACUGGAGAGAUUCCAAAGGUGAUCGAAAAACUUAAAGCACUCCAACAACUCAACCUUUCUCAUAAUUCUCUUACAGGUCAUAUCCAAUCAUCAUUAGGAAAUUUGACCAAUUUGGAAUCAUUAGAUCUAUCUUCAAAUUUGCUUACUGGAAGGAUUCCAAUGCAAUUGGAGGGUUUAACAUUUCUUGCAAUCCUAAACCUUUCACAUAAUCAACUCGAGGGUUUAACAUUUCUUGCAAUCCUAAACCUUUCCCAUACCAAGUGGAGAGCAAUUCAACACCUUUAA